ACUCAAAAAGUCCCCGGAAAAUCAGCGAUUCGUCAUCAACACUUGGGACCUCGUUGGUCGCAUUUGGAUUUGGAGAUAACGCCGUCAAAAGAUUCCGUAACGGGUUAGUUAGCUCCAGUUCGCUCACCCAAUCAUCUUCCUCUAAGAAAAGGCUACUUUACCUAUCUCGCUGACGUCAGAUCCCACCGCUAGAGCUCACACUUGUAAGUUGUAACGCCGUUUCCUGCAUUUUCCACAAAGCAAAGAGAAAAGCUUUGUGCAGAGAGAGAGAAGACGAAGAAUGGGUUUGCUUACGAACAAGAUGGAUAGAGAAGGGUUAAAGGCAGGAGAUCACAUCUACACUUACAGAGCAGUUUUCGCUUAUUCUCACCACGGAAUCUUUGUCGGUGGAUCCAAGGUUGUUCAUUUCAGACCUGAGCACAACCUGAAUUCUUCUUCUCCCAUGGAGCCACUCUCAUCAGCUUCUUCUUCCUCUGAAGAUACCUGCCCAACAUUUCCUGAUUGUGGUUUCAGACAACCAAACAGUGGAGUGGUCCUGUCUUGUUUAGACUGUUUCCUCAAGGAUGGCUCACUCUACUGCUUCGAGUAUGGAGUCAGUCCAUCGGUUUUCCUCACCAAAGUCCGCGGAGGCACUUGCACAACCGCGCAAUCCGACCAAACUGAUUCAGUCAUCCACAGGGCAAUGUACCUUCUCCAAAACGGAUUUGGAAACUACGACAUUUUCAAGAACAACUGUGAGGACUUUGCGCUCUAUUGCAAGACGGGUUUGCUUAUAAUGGAUAAGCUCGGUGUUGGGAGAAGCGGUCAAGCUUCUUCAAUCGUUGGUGCUCCUUUGGCUGCUCUCCUCUCUUCUCCUUUCAAAUUGCUGAUUCCAAAUCCCAUUGGUGUGGCAACAGUCACUGCUGGAAUGUAUUGUAUGAGUCGGUAUGCUACUGAUAUUGGCGUUAGAACCGAUGUGGUUAAGGUUUCCGUUGAGGAUUUGGCUGCUAACCUUGACUUGAAGACCAUUGAGCAAGCCGAAGAAGAGGAAGAAGAAGAAGAAGAAGAUUCUGACACCGACUUUGUUAGGUGACUAACAUAAUUAUAUGAUCUUGUACUCUCAUCACUUGUGCCAAUUUCGAUGUAUAUACAAAUGAAAUA